AUUAAAUUCAAAGUGGUAAAUAACAAGUGAAAAACACCAACAACAACAUGGGUAUUGUAGACGAUGUGAAGGGUAUUCUCUCGGUGAAAAUAAAACCGAGACAAGAUUCAUAUUCCGAUCAAUUCUCCCGAAUAUUUUUACUUAAAUUGAUGUUCGUGGCAGCCUUCUUUACCGGUAUGGAUUGGUACAAUGAUUCGUUAAAAUGCAUUAACCCUUUUGGUUUGGACGGAGGGUUCAUGGGAAGUUCAUGCUGGAUCAACGGUUUUUAUGUCUAUGAGAAUAUCCGUUACCAUGAGGAUGAAUUUGGUUACUAUGGGUUACCACGUGACAUAUCGCACGAUGGUAUACGACCAAACGGAGAAUUAUGCUCAGUUUACACUACAAAACAAUAUGAAAAGAAGAAGGUGACUAGCCGUGAUGCAACCUGUACACCGAUGACCAAAACAUUCUUCCUGCAGUAUCAAUACUUCACCUUUUUCUUGGUGAUGAUGGGCGCUCUGUAUUACGCACCAUACUCGUUUUUCAAGUAUGUCAACACAGAUAAAGAGUCACUGAAGAAAACUGUAAAAGGAAAUGGCAACGCUAAAAAUAUUGUGGCAACUUUCUUCAGUUAUGACUUAAACCCAAAGACAAAGUUAAACUACCGAAUAUUUGGUUCCAUCGCCACAAAAUUGUUGUAUGUGAUUGUCAACAUCCUCGCUUUCGUUUUCACAGACAACGUUCUUCAUGGAAAUUUUCAAUCAUACGGAACACAGUAUGCCAAAUGGGCAAAACUGGACAAUUCAAUUGCUUAUGACUAUAUGGGUGCUCGACAUUCACCAAAACCUGGAGAUGUUCUUCUCCCAUCAUUUGCUUUCUGCGAAGUAGCUGAGCUUGCCAAAGAUGUUAAAGACCAAUUAACCAAUAGGCACCUCCUUGUUUGCGAGCUCAGUCAACACAUCUUGUAUCAAUACGUUUUAAUUGUAGUAUGGUGGGCCAUGGUUAUUGGCAUUAUUGUGUCCGUGGUUUGACUGAUUAUGUUGUUCAUUGAUUACGUUAUGACGAUGACGUCAAUUAAGAACAAAGUUCCGACACACAGUUCGGCUGGCCUGACACUUCGUGAGUGCGAGUACUUGGAGUACAUCUACCGGAAGAACAUACCGUUGUUCAGUGAGGUGUUACAUGAACUGAAAGCGCAAAGAACACCGGGACUGCUUCAUGCAAAAGCUCCACCAUACAACAGCAAAGAAGAAGAGAACGAGUUUUAAGCGACAUUGUGUACACUGCUCCAAGAUGAGAGUACAUUUUUUGUUAACAUUUUAAGAUGGCAUAUUUUAUAUGUGUAAGAAUUAUGAUGAGACUAAGUCUUUAUCUAGAAACUUGCUUUUGAAUGUUUUAUGUUAUGGUGUGUCUAUAUAAGAUUUAAGUUUAGGUUUUAUAAAACGAUUGUUGAAUAAACAAACAAACAAACAAACAAACAAACAAACAAACAAACAAACAAACAAACAAACAAACAAACAAACAAACAAACAAACAAACAAACAAACAAACAAACAAACAAACAAACAAACAAACAAACAAACAAACAAACAAACAAACAAACAAAAUAAUACGUUGCAACAUUAGAGUCAUAAAAACAGGUUGAUGUAUUAACCAUUUUUUAAUAGCUUAUUCUCUUAAAACGUAACUACGUAUGACACAAGUGUUGUGUAUUUAGCUAUAACACAAGAGUGUUGUGUAUUUAGCUUUUGAUAACUGUAUAUACCAUCUCACGAUCAUUUUUACGAUUUUUGUAACAGAUAUUUUUGUACGAGAUUUGUCAUAGAAAAUAUAGACGUUUGUGAAA